UACCACAGUACCACACAACCCCUCGACAUCAUAUAUAACCAUAACCUAAUCAAACCAGCCUACACCUAACGUGCUUUCCCAACUCUAUUUUAUGUCCAUGUUGUUCAACUAGUCUCUUUAACUUCAAACUGAGCCUAGUAUGUCUCCCCUGAGCAGCAAUGAUCUAGAGCGAAUUUUCGAGAAGCUUGACAAGAACGGAGAUGGCCAAGUGAGUCUCGAGGAGCUCAACUGGCUCCUCGAGAGAAUUGGGGUCGAGUUCAGCCUGCAGGAGCUCGAGUCCCUGGUGGGCAAACCGAGCCUCGACUGGAAUGAGUUCUUGUUCUUCUACAAGUCCAUAUCUACGCCGGAUAGUAAUGACGGCGACGAUGGCCAUGGAGAUGGUAGUGCCAAUGAUCAUGACGAUGAGAGUGAUCUUGUGAAGGCGUUCAAUGUGUUCGACAUAAACGGCGACGGCUUCAUUUCUUGUGAGGAGCUUGAGAACGUUCUGAGGAGAUUAGGAGUAAUGGAAGAGAAUAGUUGCCGUAACUGCAGAUCCAUGAUUCACGUGUACGACACCAAUUUGGACGGCCUACUUGAUUUCCAGGAAUUCAAACACAUGAUGUUGCAUAAUACCAUUUCUUAGUUAAUAUUUAGUUUGAUUUCCAGGAAUUCAAACAUAUAUUUUUCAAUUUAUGUAUUGUUAGAGCAAUUUUUUGGCUUAAAAUAAGUAACUGGUGCAGGUAGCGCUUACUUACACUAGUUCUCACUAUGAGUUUAAAAAUUAUCUUGGUUGUUGAAUUGUGUCUGUCAGCUUUUAAUUCGAAUAUUAAUUUAAAG